UUGUUGCAAUCGCUUUUGGGCUGCUCCCGCUGCGCUGGCACUUUUGGUCUGCGUGGUCCGUGCAGGACCCAACGCACUGGCACCGCAGCGCACCGUGGCUCGGGUCAGGUCCACCCCGGUGGGUAUCAGGAAGUAAUAUCAAAGCGAUUCAGCUUGAAGGAGGUUAUCACCAACACCAACACCAUCUCCAUCUCCACCACCAACACCAUCGCUGUUCUUGCUUUUGUUUCUUAGCUGCUCUGAAGACCGCAUUCCACUGUCCAUCGCAACUGCAACGAUGACCACCAACAAACACGAUCUACCCUCAAUAUGCCACUUCUACCUCGAUCUCAUCAAUCUGUUUUUGAAUUCAACCGAUUUGACCUUACAUGACUUGAACCAUGAGUUUCCAACCUCCAACGACGACACACACAGCUCGUUGUUCAACCACGACGACUUGGUCCAGAUAAACAGCUUACGAAACGACACAAAAUCAAAGAUCAGAGAGUCCCUUCGGGUGAUCGCCUCCCAGUUGAAUGUGUACCACUUAAACCAGCUAUCAAUAAGCUACAAUGGUGGAAAAGACUGUUUGGUGCUACUAAUCCUCUACUUGUCACAGCUAGCAACCACCACCACCACUGACAACAACAACAACAGCAACAAAAACUUUUCAAAAAAACCUCUUUUGGACUCCAUAUAUAUAAACUACGAACACAACUUCUCUGAUCUAGACUCCUUCAUCGACGCCUCCACACUCUCUUACCAUCUACAUCUAACAAACUACUCCUGCGAUUUAAUCCAGGGCUUCAGAAACUACCUCUCCAAAUUCCCAUCAAAAAAAGCAAUCCUCAUUGGCGUAAGGAAAAACGAUCCCUAUUCCCAACACUUGAACUUUGUCCAAAACACUGAUAAUAACUGGCCCUCCUUUAUAAGAAUAAACCCGAUUCUAAACUGGAACUUGAAAAAUAUCUGGUUUUUUAUUCUCUUUCUCAAAAUCAACUACUGUAGUCUCUAUAACUUGGGUUAUACCUCCCUUGGUGGUACCAACUCAACAAUAAAAAAUCCAAACCUACUUAAAAUCAAGUUCGCUCUUCUAAACCACUCCAACAACUCCUCAAUUCAAAAAUACUUUACCCAUCUCUACAACAAAAACAAUAAAAACAACCUCGACUUCAUCCCCAUAAAUGAUCCUCUUCAAGAUCACUACCCAGCGUUUUUCCUUCAAAACGAUCUGCUAGAAAGAGCAGGAAGAUUCAAACCAUUCCACUCCACACAAUAGAACAUAAAUAGAUCUCUUAUAUAUAUAUACAACCCAACUAUAUAUCCAGUCAAAAAAACAAAUAAAUAAAAAAAAAAAAAAAUAAAUCAACCAUAAAUAAAAUUCCUCCAUCUCUAUUAUAUCGUCUUCCCGAUUGAGCAAUUCAUCCGAACACCGUUCCAUUUUUAACAAGAAAAAUUUCUCUUCUU